AUGGAUAAGUAUACAAGAAUAAAAAUGAUUGGAAAGGGUAAUUUUGGUGAUGUUUGGCUGGUUGAAGAUAAUAAAGGAUAGGUAUAGGAUUGAGAAAACAAAAGAAAUUUGCCCUUAAGUUAAUCGAUUUGUAAUUUGAAAGUGUUGACCCAACAAAUGAAGUUACAUUGUUAAAGGUUUUGAAACAUCGAAAUAUCAUAAAAUACUAUAAUUCAUUUGUGUAAAAUGAUUAAUUAUGCAUUUUAAUGGAGUUUGCAGAAAAUUGUAUUUCAAAAUAUAUAUAAAAUGUAGAUGAUCUUUAAAUAUAUACUAAAAACAAUCCAUCAAAUAUAUUAAAUUGGUUUACAUAAUUGUGUUAAGCUGUAUAAUAUUUACAUUAAAUGAAUAUUGUACAUAAGGAUAUAAAAAUGAAAAAUGUGUUUUUGACAAAAGAUGGCAUAGUAUUAAUAUAUAUAUAGAUAUUUAGAUCAAAUUAGGAGAUUUCAGUAUUUCUAAAAAGCUAGAUGCCUCAUUAAAUCUAACAUAAUUAGGUAUAUAUAAUUUAUAAUUUAUUCUUUAAGGUACUCCUUAUUAUUUGUCACCAGAAAUUUGUGAAUCUAAACCUUAUAAUACAAAGAGUGAUAUUUGGGGAUUAGGAUGUUUACUAUAUGAAUUAUGCACAAAAUAAAAACCAUUUCAAGGAGAGUCUUUACCUGAAGUGUUCAAAAAUAUUAUAUUAAGUGAAACUCCAAAAUUACCUGAAGGAUUUCCAGAAUUUUAUUAGGAUAUAAUAAAUUAAUGUUUAUAAAAGAAUCCUUAAGAUAGACCAGAUAUUUUAUAAUUAUUAGAUAUUCCAGAGAUAAAGAAGGAAAGAAUAAAGUUCUCAUAGUUAUAUAAAUAAAGAUUAAUAGGAAUGCUUAAAUAAAUUGAUAAUGGUUAAUAAGAAUCUAUAUAAAAUAAUAUAAAGUAAAUGCAUAAGCCUAUCUUUACUCCAUAAAAUAAAUCCUAAUCAUUAUUAUUUAAAAAUCUAUUCUCUGAAUAAAUAUAAUCUAAUAUUAAGAAACCAAUGACAAAGAAAAUGAUUAAAAUAGAUACUGAUUUAAUAGAAAAAGAAGAUUAAUUAUAAUAAUAAAAUGAAGAAACUCCAACAUUAUUUGCUAAAUAAUUAUUUAAUCCAAAAACUCCUACAUCUCCAAAUAGAAAUUUAUUAUUAGCAGAUUUUUUAAAGAAAAAACUUGGAGAAUAAAAAUUCUUAGAUGUUCGAUAAAUUCUUGAAGAAUCAUAAAAUCCAAUAUAAUUAUUAGAUCAAAAAGAAAUCAUGUCAAAUUUAAUAGGUGAAGAGAAUUUAGAAUGUGUUAAAGUAAAUAUUAAUUAUAUUUAAUAGAUAUUUAAAAUAUUAAUAAGUAAUUGUACUACAUUACCAGGUAAUCAUUUUCGAUAAAUGAAUAAUUACUAGUUUUUAAGAGAUAAAAUUAUUUCAUAACCUGAUUUAGAUAAAAAUUAAAAGACUAAUAAUUUUUGA